CUGCCAAUAUGCUCCAAAAGUUUCCUUGCCUGCCACAGAUCAGCAAGUAGCAGCUUCAAGGUCCAUAGUUUGUGGAAAUUCUUGAGUAGAGUGUCACUUCAACCUUAAAUGCAAGCAGGCUUUUCCCACGAUGAGUUAUUUUUGCCAAAUAUGAACUCGGAUGAGAAAAUUGUGUCCGGAAAAAAGGCAAGAGCAAGAAGGUCUUUGAUUAUGAAAGAAAACCGGUACAAACGUCACAAAAUUAAUCACCAGGACCUGCUUGGUGUGGAUACAAUGUACAAUACUCCAUGCCACAUCACGCCGAGACAACCUUUGUCCGAGCUGACUCCGUCAUCUCAAAAUAUUGAUACAAGAGCACAAUUCAAUGUACCGGCUAUUCAACUAAGCGCAUGUGUUGCCGGUUCAGAACCUAGCAUACCAAGACACAGUUUUAAAAGUAAUUUGAGAACCUAUCAAAUUGGCAAUCUAGGAAAAAAUCUAUUGUCAAAGUUUGCUACUACUUCAACCGUUGGGGAAAGAGAAACGUACCCACCUUCAUCAUUGCAAUCUAAGCAACAAUCAUUUCCACUUUAUGAAAACACGGUCAUUGAAGCUGGAAGUUCAUCAAAUACAAAAAUUGGUGCACCGAUAUCCACAACAAGCAGGGGCAGGCCUAAAAAACAAUUUGGAGUUCCAAAUAUGGCGUUGAACUUGUGCAGCAAGUUUCCUAUACUGACUGGUGCUGAAGGUACCGCCACACCGAGUAAGACGCACGGUGCAUACUCACAAGCUAGAUGUCCAACGAUCCAAAAACCAGGUCGGGGCAGGCCUAGGAAAACACAAACAGAUCAAAACCUAGCUUUUAAUUUGAAUAACCAUGUCCCUAACCAAAGUUCAAUUCGGGACAGCCAGUCUAUACCAACAGACUCACCGGCUUCAAGCGUUCGCAGUACACCAAUUUCCACUGGUCUGCAAACACAAGAGGACAUGAACCAACAUGUUUUGCACGAAGCACCGCCGGUAUCACAGUCCACAUAUAUUCCAAAGCAGAGAACAGAACCAACAUGUCCUAUAUUUACACCUACGGUCAAUAUGGAUUUUGAGAGCGACUCCGACGAUGAUAGCGACUAUGACCCCUUUGCAACAUAUGAAUCCGAAGAUGAGUUCUGUUCAGACUUAGAAAGAGAUGGAGCACCAUUUACAAUUCAUGCGAAUGCAACCGGAAAUUCCGAGGAAUAUUACGAUAUCGGUUCCCCUCUUAUCGAAUGUCGUUAUUGUAAAGCAAUGAUGUGGUAUCAAGAGAGGAUGCACAAGAGUUCCCAUUAUGCUAACCCGAAGUUUAUGCUUUGUUGUGGGAACGGGAAAGUUGAACUGCCAAUGCUUAGACAGCCUCUAGAAAUACUUGCAAAGCUAUUGUUUGAUCACGAGAACGUUGCUAGCCGGAAAUUUCAACAACACAUCCGUGUUUACAACAUGAUGUUUGCAUUUACUUCACCUGGAGCAAAGUUGGACAAUCGAUUUAACGAUGGACGUGGGCCUCCAACACUAAGGAUACAAGGUCAAACCUGUCAUCAAAUCGGAAGUCUGUUGCCUGCUCAAGGUCAAAAACCAAAGUUUGCUCAAUUAUAUAUUUAUGACACGGAGAAUGAAGUUGAAAACCGAAUGCAUGGACUAAGGAACAAAGAACACUUUGAUCCAGUGGUUAUAAAUGACUUAUCCAAUAUGCUGUAUGAAUUCAAUCCUCAUGCUAAGAGUUUUCAAAUGGCAAAGCAAUGGUUAAAUAAUGGGGAAACUCCAAACAUGAAGCUGCGACUCAUUUCUAACAGGUCCACUGAUGGAAGAGUGUAUAAUCAACCUACUGUCUCUGAGGUUGCGGCCUUGGUUGUCGGUGAUAUUGACACAGCUGAAAUGAGGGAUAUCAUAAUGCAAACAAAGGGAGGACGACUUCAAAGAAUCAACGAACUGCAUGCGGCUUAUAUGGCUUACCAGUAUCCUUUGAUUUUUCCUUAUGGUGAGGAUGGUUAUAGACCUGAUGUAGCACAUAGAGACUUGCCUUUCAAAGAAAAUAGCAUAAGAAAUAGGCUCACAAUACGCGAAUGGCUUGCAUUUCGCAUUCAAACGAGAUUAACCGAAGCUAAGACUCUGUUAUCUUCUAGAAGGUUGUUCCAGCAAUUCCUGGUCGAUGGUUACACAAUGUUGGAGUCCGAGAAACUAGAAUGGCUACGCAAAAACCAACCUAAGCUUCGGGUUUCCAAGUACAACUCUUUAGAGAAAGAGGGCGAUCAGAGUCAGCUUCCAGGUGUAAGCAUAGGUAAGCGAGUUGUUUUGCCUUCGUCCUUUGUCGGUGGUCGUAGGUUUAUGGAUCAAUUAUACUAUGAUGGGAUGGCUAUAUGCAGUAAAGUUGGGUUUCCUGAUUUGUUUAUUACUUUUACCUGUAACCCAAAUUGGCCUGAGAUUCAAAGAGUGCUUGGACCUCUACACCUAAAACCUCAAGAUCGACCCGAUGUCAUUUCAAGAAUUUUCAAAAUCAAGUUUGACCAAUUGCUUUCGGAUCUAACCAAAAAAGAUAUGUACACCAUUGAGUUCCAAAAGAGAGGAUUGCCUCAUGCCCAUAUAUUGAUCUUUUUGCAUCCUUCAAACAAAUAUCCAGGACCCGAAGACAUUGACAAGAUCAUAAGUGCUGAAGUGCCCGAUCCGGAAACACACCCUCGGUUGUACAAUUUGGUCAAAGCUCACAUGGUCCAUGGUCCUUGUGGUUUGGCAAAUGUCAAGUCAUCUUGCAUGAAAGAUAACAAAUGCACCAAGUUUUACCCAAAGAAGUUUCAGUCCACCACUAUAGUGGACCAAGAAGGCUAUCCGGUUUAUAGGAGAAGAAACAACGGUCACACAAUUGAAAAAAAUGGCAUCAUUUUUCAUAGUGGUCAUGUAGUUCCUCACAAUCCAAGUUUGUUGUUGAAAUACCAAGCCCACAUCAACAUGGAAUGGUGCAACCAAAGUACUUCUAUAAAAUACCUUUUCAAAUAUAUAAACAAAGGUUCGGAUCGAAUUUCUGCAAUCAUACAAGGUCAGGACAAGAACAACGUUGACGAGAUCAAGCAAUAUUUGGAUUGCAGAUACAUCUCCCCAAGUGAAGCAUGUUGGAGGAUCUUCUCUUAUUCCAUACAUGGCAGGAAGCCAGCCGUGGAGAGAUUGUUUUUUCAUAUGGAAGGUGAAAACUCCGUGUACUACAAAGACUACGAGCAAGUUGGUGAUGUUUUACUAAAACCAAGUGUAACCGAGUCUAUGUUUACAUCAUGGUUCGAGGCAAACAAAACUUACGAGGAAGCAAGAUCACUAACUUAUGGUGACUUUGUUUCUAAAUUUGUUUAUCAUAAAAGAAGUCGUAGUUGGAAACCAAGGAAACGAGGGUAUACAAUUGGUCGACUCAUUUGGGUUCCUCAAAGCACUGGUGAAUUGUUUUAUUUAAGGAUGAUGCUCACUGUAAAAAAAGGUCCUUUGUGCUACCAAGACAUCAAGAAAGUAGAUGGUAAACAACUUAAAACUUUUCGUGAUGCAUGCUUUGCAAUGGGGUUUCUACAAGAUGAUCGAGAAUUUAUCGAGGCAAUCAAAGAGGCGCAUCUAUGGGGUUCCGGUCCAUUUUUACGCAAGUUGUUUGUGACUAUGUUGUUAUCUUCAUCCAUGAAUAGACCCGAACAUGUCUGGAGGAAGACUUGGAUGUAUUUAUCGGAUGGCAUUCUUUAUGAUCAACGGUUAUUGGCGAGAGAUCAAGGUCUUACAAUGAGCGAUGCCGAGUUAAAAGACCGGACUCUAAUGGCAAUUGAGACACUCUUACAAAAUAAUAAUCGAAGCCUGAAAGAUUUCAAGACAAUGCCAUAUCCAAAAGAUUAUGUCGUCUCCUUUACAGGAAAUAGGCUACUCUAUGAAGAACGCCAAUAUGAUGUUGUUGCUCAACAACAAAUUUAUGAGAAUUUGUACUCUUCUCUUACAGAUGAGCAAAGAAGCAUUUUUGAGGAAAUCAUGAAUGCUGUAGAAAAGCAACAGGGCGGCGUAUUUUUUUUAUAUGGAUACGGUGGGACUGGUAAGACCUUUAUGUGGAACACCUUAUCAGCAGCAGUUAGGUCAAAAAAAAUUGUCUUGCCCGUUGCUUCAAGUGGAAUUGCAAGUUUGUUGUUACCAGGUGGAAGAACAGCUCAUUCUAGGUUUAAGAUUCCUGUCCCUACAUUAGAGACUUCUAUUUGCAACAUUGAAAAAAAGGAUGAUCUUGCUGAGCUUCUCAAGAUGACAGAUCUAAUCAUAUGGGAUGAGGCUCCUAUGGCUAACAAGUUUUGCUUUGAAGCUCUGGACAAAUCUUUAAAGGAUAUUAUGAGUGGACCCACAAAGCCAUCUGAAAUAGUGUUUGGAGGUAAGGUUGUUGUCUUUGGUGGUGACUUCAGACAAAUUCUCCCUGUUAUACCAAGAGGUACAAGAUCUGAUAUUAUCCAUGCCACAAUCAAUGCUUCUUAUAUUUGGGAUCAUUGUAGAGUUUUGAGGCUUACGAAGAACAUGCGCUUGCAAACUGGUCCACCUGAUUCUACAGCUGAUGACAUAAGGAGCUUUUCUGAGUGGAUUUUAAAUAUUGGAGAUGGGACCAUGUGUGAGCCAAAUGAUGGUUAUGCUGAUAUUUGUAUUCCAGAUGAGUUCUUAAUUUCUAACUUUUCUGAUCCAAUUAAGGCAAUUGUUGAAGAUACGUACCCUGAUCUCAUUCAUAAUUAUCUUGAUUCCAACUAUCUGCAAAGUCGUGCAAUAUUGGCUUCAACAAUUGAAGUUGUUGACGAUAUAAAUCAAUAUAUCACAAACCUUCUUCCAGGAGAAGAGAAAGAAUACUUUAGUAGUGAUUCUAUUGAUAAAUCUGAUGCAACUACCUUUGAUGCGUAUGAGCACGUGACACCCGAGUUCCUAAAUGCUCUUAAAACUUCAGGAUUGCCUAACCAUUCAAUCAAGUUGAAGGUUGGGGCUACUAUUAUGUUGAUGCGCAACCUAGAUCAGUCUGAAGGAUUGUGCAAUGGUACAAGGCUUACUGUAACCAGGCUUGCUGCUCAUGUCAUAGAAGCUAAGAUCAUUUCUGGAAAAAAUAUUGGUAACCUCUUUUAUAUUCCUAGAAUGUCUUUGUCCCCAUCGCAGUCCCCAUGGCCAUUUAAAUUGGUGAGACGCCAAUUUCCAAUUAUUGUUUCCUUUGCCAUGACUAUUAACAAGUCUCAAGGUCAAUCACUUGACAAUGUUGGAUUAUAUUUGCCAAAAGAGGUUUUUAGCCAUGGGCAAUUAUAUGUGGCUAUUUCAAGAGUCAAAUCCAAAAAGGGAUUAAGGAUUCUUAUUCAUGACAAAGACAAGGAACCUAUGAUCUCUACCACCAAUGUUGUAUUCAAGGAAGUCUUCCAUAACAUUUGAAAGGAUGAUUUCAUUCACUUCCAUGAGGAACGUGUGCGAUACAUUAUAACUCCUUUGCAAACCUUUUGGAGAAUUCUUGCUUUUGGUUUCAGUGUAACCUUUUGUAACACGUUUUGUAUACUACUGCUUAUUUUAAAACAAAUAUUUUGAUUCAUACAUUAAAACUCCUUCAUUUGUAUGACAUUUAACAAUACUAAUGAUAUAUCAU